AUGGCUAUGGGAAGUCUCUUUGUUUUCUUCUUGGCCUCACUGUGCGCAUUACAAAAGGUUGAUUCCAAAUCUUUCACUAUUGACUUCGAGAACGAUCGUUUCUUAAAAGAUGGUGAACCUUUCCGGUACAUAUCAGGUGACUUCCAUUACUUCAGAGUGCCCCGUUUCUAUUGGAAAGACAGGCUCAUGAAAAUGAAAGCAGGUGGUUUAAACACAGUGCAGACCUACAUCGCUUGGAAUGUUCACGAACCAGCCCAGGGAAACUACAACUUUGAAGGCGAUGCAGAUCUUGUGAGUUUUAUUGAGCUCGCUAACAGCGUUGGUCUUUUGGUCAUAGUGAGAGCAGGGCCUUUCAUUUGCGCUGAAUGGGAUUUUGGCGGAUUUCCAGCUUGGUUAUUGAAAGAUCCAUCCAUCACGUUAAGGUCAUCAAAGGACAGACGUUAUCUUGACGCAGUGGACACAUGGAUGUCUGUAGUACUCCCCAAACUCAAGCCACUGCUGUACGCAAACGGAGGGCCCAUCAUAUCAGUACAAGUCGAGAAUGAGUAUGGGAGCUCCUUGGUGUGUGACCAUGACUAUAUGAAACAUUUAGAGCAGUUAUUCCGCAAGUAUUUAGGCAAUGAUGUUAUUCUUUUUACAGUUGACAGUGACUGGCAAUUCCUCCUUGCAUGUGGUACAAUACCCUCUCUUUACGCGACUGUGGAUUUUGGACCGGAGGUUGACCCAGAAGAGGCUUUUGCGGUGAUGCGCAAAUUUACCCCAAAGGGACCCCUGGUAAAUUCUGAGUUUUACACUGGGUGGAUAGACUACUGGGGUGAAAAGCAUCAAACAAAAUCAGCUUCAGUGGUUGCUAAAUCGCUCGACAAGAUCCUGUCCAUGAAUGCGUCUGUCAAUUUCUACAUGUUUGAGGAUGGUACUAACUUCGGAUUUAUGAGUGGCGCAAAUUUGAAUUUAAUCUUGUACAAACCAAUACCGACCAGCUAUGUCUAUGAUGCUCCUUUGACGGAAGCAGGUGACGUGGGAACUAAAUUUCACGUCAUACGAAAGACCAUUUCCAAUCACGAGAACAUACCAGAGAUUCCCAUUCCACCAAACACGACCAAGUUCGCUUAUGGUAAGAUUCAGAUGACCCCACUUUCGACGUUCCUUGACGCCGUGCCAAAACUUUCUGCCCAUGGUCCUGUGAAUUCAACUUUCCCCUUAACUAUGGAACAAAUUGGUCAGAACUAUGGCUUUGUUCUCUACCGCACGGAAAUUCCAAAAGCGUUCAUUAACACCACUGUCACUUUGGAAUUCACUAGUUUAGUCCGCGACAGAGCAAUUAUUUUUGUAGGGAAAACCCGCCAAGCAACAUUAUUCCGUCGGCCGGGACAGAAAAGUGCCACCCUUCACAUUGAAACAAAUUUGCAGCUAGAUAUUCUGGUUGAGAAUACAGGGAGGAUAAACGCAGGCAUAAGGAUGGUGGAUCCUAAAGGAAUUUUCGGAAACGUUACUUUACAAAAAACGCCGCUUCGUAACUGGCAAAUAUAUCCCAUAGACUUGAACAAUGUCGUGUCAGGGCCUUCAAACGUCGCCAAGAAUUUUCCUACAAAACAUAACCCCCUUUCAACCAACGCAUUUACUCCUACGUUAUAUCAUGGUGUGAUUCCGAAUGGAAAUGGGUCGUUUGACACUUUUCUUCAACUUCCUGGAUGGAGUAAGGGGCAGGCAUUUGUAAAUGGAUUUAAUGUAGGUCGUUAUUGGCCUGUAGUUGGCCCACAACAGACUCUGUUUGUGCCGGCAAACGUGCUGUCACUCAACAGGAAUCCAGCCAGUAUAGUGUUACUGGAGCUGGAUAGUUCUCCGUGUGUAAAUCCAAAGACAUGUUUCGUAAAAUUUGUUGCAGAGCCAUCAAUAAAUGGGCCAGUUCAUCCUAUAGGCGGUCACCCCUGA